AUGUCGGGCACCGUACGAGCGCGCCGCCCCGCUUCACCACCUCCGAAACUCACUCAACCUCCCCCUCGACUUCCACAUGCCAGACAAGAUUACAUGGAUGCUGACGAGCGCAGGCUUGCUGCAUCGCAAGGAUUGGGGCCCGGUCGCUCAAAAAUCUAUCCUUUAGGUGGCUUGAACGUGACAAGCGGUGAAUGGAAGUUGUUGUUCUUGAUUGUUUUGGUCGCAGCAGGUGUUCGACUGUUCAGGCUUUCGAAACCGAAUAGUGUGGUCUUUGAUGAGGUACACUUUGGUAAGUUUGCUGGCAAGUACAUCAAGACCCAGUAUUUCGUGGACGUCCAUCCCCCCUUGGCGAAGUUACUCAUUACAUUGGCUGCGUUCGUCUUCGGUUUCGACGGACAGUUCGACUUCAAAGAUAUUGGAAAACUGUAUGAACAUGUUCCCUACGUAGCUAUGCGAAUGGUCCCAGCAUGCCUCGGCGUUGCGACUGUCCCCUUGGCGUAUCUGACGCUACGAGCCCUCGAUUGCAGGGCGACGACAGCACUCCUUGCGUCCCUCUUCAUCACCUUCGAAAACGGUAUGGUCACGCAGUCACGGCACAUCCUACUCGACUCUCCCCUCAUUUUCUUCACCGCGUUGACAAUAUUUCUCUGGACGUGCUUCUCAAACGAAGAUAAACACGAACCCUUCACCGAGUCCUGGUGGGCAUGGCUCAUCCUAACUGGUCUGUCCCUAGGCGCCGUCUUGAGUUGUAAAUGGGUCGGCCUGUUCACUGUCGCAACGGUUGGCUUCAGCACUAUCUACCAACUUUGGCUCCUUCUGGGGGAUCUCAGAGUCCCGCCAAGGCUCUGGAUGCGACACUUUAUUGCUAGGGCUAUUUGCCUGAUCGUUAUACCGAUUGCAUUCUAUAUGUUCAUGUUCCAGAUACAUUUCCUCAUCCUGGAGAACUCCGGUGACGGCGAUGGGUUCAUGUCUGCCGAGUUUCAACAUACACUUGGAGGGCGUAAGAUGGACGAUACAUUCGCCGAUGUCGCGUUUGGCUCUGAAGUCACUAUUCGUCACGUGAACACGCAAGGUGGAUAUUUACAUUCGCACCCACAUACAUAUCCAGGCGGGAGCAAACAACAACAGGUGACGCUGUAUCCUCAUCGGGAUAAUAACAAUGUGUGGCGUAUCAUCAACGCCACGAACGACGGCGAAGAGCCUUCAAAUUGGCAAGCUCUCCCUCUUCAAUUCGUCGUCCCCAAUCUACGGGUCAAGCUCAAUCAUAUCUCAACCGAGAAGCAUCUCCACUCCCACGAAAUUCGCCCACCCGUCUCCGAUGUCGAGUUCCAAAACGAAGUCUCUGCGUACGGUAUGCCUGGCUUCAUGGGCGAUGCCAACGAUGAUUGGUUCGUUGAGAUCGAGCACGGCGACAAACGGGAUCCAGAAUCUUUCAAGCGCCUCCGCGCUUUGCGAACAGUGUUCCGGCUCAGGCACGCUCUGUCUGGGUGUUACCUGUUCUCGCAUAAAGUCAAGCUCCCUGAGUGGGGCUUCGGCCAACAAGAGGUGACCUGCAACAAGAACGCGGUUAGGGAGAACUCACUGUGGUUUGUCGAGACGAGCAACCAUAUAAAUUUCCCAACGAACGCCCAGAAAGUGAACUACAAGAAGCCUGGGUUCCUUGCCAAAUUCUGGGAACUCCAGCAGGUCAUGUGGACUACAAACGCGGGGUUGACAGACCGCCAUACGUACGACUCUCGUCCAGAUUCGUGGCCAAGAUUGCGCAGAGGAAUAAAUUUCUGGGUCAAAGACCACAGACAAAUUUACCUAAUCGGUAACCCGACAGUGUGGUGGUCGAGUACUCUAGCGGUUGUUGCCUAUUUCGCCGUCCGUGGAUUCCUUAUUCUACGUGCUAAGCGAGGAUACAGAGACUUCGAUAAUACCAAAGUCGUGAAGUAUGAUGCUCUUUGUGGGUUCCUCGUCAUGGGUUGGGGUCUCCACUACUUCCCCUUCUUCCUCAUGGGCCGACAGCUUUUCCUCCACCAUUAUUUUCCCGCCCUCUACUUCGCUAUCCUUUUGUUUUGCGGUGUAUUCGACUUGGUCACUUCGACUUUACGGCCGAGAGUUCGCUUGCAGAUCGCCGCCGUCUUGAUUAUCAUUGCCAUCUGGAACUUUUCUUACCUCAGCCCUCUUGCGUACGGCAGCCCAUGGACUAAAGCCAAGUGCAACAAUGCCAAAUGGCUCAAGACUUGGGAUUUCUCUUGCAAUGACUUCCUGGACGAUUACUCGCAGUAUGCUGGCAGAGUCGCAGCCACCCCUCAGAAGUCCACCGCACCCGCAUCAACAAUCGGCGGUGAACCUGGAGGGAGAGCAGCCGUCGUCGUCAACGAUGUGCCUGUCGUUGCGGAGCCCCAUACAUCUGUGGCAAUCGGUCAAGCGGCUCCUGGUGUCGAUGUCUUCGGCGUACCCCCUCCCGACAUUAAGAGCGACCACCUUCCACCUCCACCCCCUCAAGUUCCAGAGGAAGCUAAAGAGAUCAGCUCGGUAGAGAUACCGAAACCUAAAGAACCUGAGGUGAUAGGAGGUCCCGAAGAGAUGCUUCAGGCUGCCAAGGAGAAGACUUUAGUUGGGAAGGAGACCUCUGAAGAUCCCCAGGCGGGAAUACAGAUCGAAAAUCUCGAACCGUCUGUUCCUAAGCCACAGCCAACACCUCCAGCUCAACCGCCGCAUGUAGAAGCUAAGGCUCCCGUCGUCCCACCUGCUGGUCCACUGGGAGAGGCUGAUAUGGAAGCGGAGAAGGCAGCGGAGGAUUUGUACCCCGAGGCGGUAUAA